AUGGGCCCUGACGACAGGAAAGUGUGGUCACGAGACCUCGAGCGGGAAGGGAAGCUAGCGACUCUCCAAGGGCUACUGAGCUGGAUGACAUCUGAAAUGAAGUCACGCAUGCGCGCCAUCGCGCCAGUGAGAAGUGAUUCGAGCCACCGGUCGAUCAACCAUUUUAAAACAGAGGAGGAUAGCCAAGAAAAGCAUAAAUGUUGGAUCUGCAGGGUCUCGACGCACUGGCCAGACCAAUGUCGCAAAUUCCAAUCACUUAGCAUUGAUGAUCGCAUUAAAGCCAUUAAAGAUAACCACGCGUGUUUUAGUUGCUUGAAAAAGGCCGGAAGGAAUCAUCGAGCGUUUAACUGCAGUAGACGCAAAAAAUGUGUCAGGUCGGAGAAUGGCCAGGAAUGUCAGGCAUACCAUCACCCACUCCUGCAUAAAACAGCAGCUGUGGGCGUCGCAGCAGCGGCUGCACUUGACAGCGUUGGAAUCAUCUUACCAGUAGUAACCGCCACACUUCAAGGCCAAGGCGGAAUGCAAAAGCAAGGGAACAUUUUGUUGUACUCUGGAGCACAGAUCAGCCCGAUUCGAAGUGAAACCGCUGCCUCGUUAGGCUUGAAAGGAAGGGACACUUCCAUAACGAUCACGAAAGUUGGUGGAGACGAGGAAACGAUUACGACUAAAGUCUACAAGGUACCAGUUUGGAUUCCCGACCGUGGUAACACGUACUCUGUGAAGACAAUCGGAAUCACACAUAUCAGCGACGAUGCCACACCAGUGCAGAUAAGGCCAAUUGCUAAGCAGCUCGGUAUACAGAACGAGAAGAUUCGCCGCGGAAAGGGACCGGUUGACCCGCUCAUUGGCAUCGACCACGCCCAGUUACACACAGGCAAAACAAAGCAGUCCGGACAGCUAGUAGCAAGAAAGACACCUCUAGGAUGGGUACUGUUCGGAGGCAAUUCAUCAGGUACCGAGGCAGCCAGUCAAAUCUACCACGUGGCGUACGCAACACCAGUGGAUUUAACCGAUUUUUGGAAGACCGAGGUCAUGGGGGUAGAAGUGAAACCCUGCAUCUGCGACGCGGACAAGUUAAGUCAAAUUGAGAGAGAGGAAGCUGAGAUUAUUAGCAGUUCAUGUAAGAAAAUUGGAGACCAGUGGCUAGUCCCAUACCCCUGGAAAAAGAACCCGAUGCUUCUCCCAGAUAACAUGGCCGUAGCAACAAAACGACUGGAGGCUACGGAGCGACGACUUCAGAAAAAUCCUGAGCAUGCUACCGCGUACAACAAGCAAAUGAAUGAGAUGUGUGAAAUGGGGUUCGCCAGGAAGCUCACAGAGGACGAAUGGACAAGCUAUCAGGGACCUGUGCAUUACAUAAGUCACCAUGAAAUAGUUCGCCCUGGAAACCGAAGCACCCUAAUCCGUAUUGUCUUCAAUUCUUCUUCCAGUUAUCAAGGGCAUGUUCUCAAUGACUACUGGAUGAAAGGGCCGGACUUGUUGAAUGACUUGUUUGGAGUUAUUCUGCGAUUCAGGGAGAGAGAAUGUGCAUUAAUGGGAGACUUGUCCAAGAUGUACCACAGGGUCCUAAUACCGGAAGUACCAGAUCAACAUGUUCAUCGCUAUCUAUGGCGAAACAUGGAAACUGAAAGACCGCCAGAUGUCUAUGUAAAAACGGUUUUGACAUUCGGAGAUAAACCCGCACCGGCUAUGGCGCAAAUUGCCUUAAGGAAAACUGCAGAGGAAGGCGAAGAGCUGUAUCCCGAGGCAGCGAAGGUGCUGAAGGAAGACGUAUACAUGGAUGACAUUUGCCACUCAGAGGACACUGUACAAGAAACUCGAAAGGUAGCUGAAGAUUUAGCCGGAGCCGUAGAGCCGCCACUCCUGUGCGUCUUCUCAGAUGCGUCAACCGAAGCUUUUGGGUGUUGCGCAUACAUCAGGAAGAAGAAUCCAGACAGCACUUAUGAAGUUAAACUAGUAGCUGCUAAGUCACGAGUAGUCCCCCUCAAACAGCUGACCGUCCCGCGCCUCGAGCUGCAAGCUGCGGUACUCGCCUCCCGACUCGCCAAGACAAUACGGAAAGAGUCUAGGAUACAGUUCAAGUCCGUACAAUUUUUCACAGACAGCACUAUCACCUUGGCUUGGAUAAAAAGUCCUUCACGCGCCUUCAAGCCAUUCGUAUCUGCAAGAGUCGGAGAGAUUCAAAGUAAUUCCGAACCAAGUCAGUGGAGGUAUAUUCCUGGAGAGGUAAACGUGGCUGACGACCUUUCCAGAGGAAUUAGCGUUCAGGAUUUGAUGGGAAGAUGGAGUGAAGGACCAGAGUUUCUACGACUUCCGGAAGAACUCUGGCCACAGCCAGACGCAGUGCAGGCACCACCAGAAGAGCACAUGGAGCGCCGGCGAGUAGAAGCGGUUUGUCAGGUAAAGAUAACUGAAAAUCCGAUUGACCCUCAAGCGUUUUCCAGCUGGAGGAGACUGAUUAGAGUCACAGCACGUAUAAGGAGAUUGGCCGGAAAAUACGUCUCAGGAAACACGCCCAAGAGGGGCGCCAGGGUUCGUUAA